AUGCAAAUAGAGACAUUCCUCUUGCUCUCCCUGCUUCCUCUACUCGCUCGGGCCCGCAAGAUCCCAGAUAUCAACUGGAUAUCAUCGAAUCCGAUGUGAGUGGCCGUUCCUUCUCUCUCUCUCUCUCUCUCUCUCUCUCUCUCUGUCUUUCUUUUUCUCGCGGAUAACUAAUAAUAUCUUUCUAACAACCCUUUUUGCUCGCCGCCUUUCUCUGCGUUUCUCCCGUUCGGAGACCUCUUUCGCCAAGGUUAUGAUUAGAUCGGAACACGAGUAUGUUUCAUACUGUUGGAUAAAUUGACUGUUCCCGUUCCUCCCGAAAACAGAUAUACUCCAUUCUAAGGUGGAACUUGGAGAGAUCGAGGGGAUCGGAGAGACGCAGAGAGGGUAAUUCAUCAUUACCGCAAACGGGAGAACGGGCCAGAAGACUGAUGAUGCGGGACUGUUUUUCUUUGUAUUGCGUACCAUGAGAACCGAGGGAUUCUUUCAGAUUCGACGUUUCAAACACCGAUCAUGUGAUAUCUGUGCACAUUGGAGACCGCGUUUCCAUCAAAUGUCCCAAGUCAGAUGCGAACGGGAAGUAUGAAUACUCGUACAUUUACAUGGUUUCUGACGAAGAAUACGAUCACUGUUUCCUUGCAAAACCACGGCUUGUCGGUGCAUGCGACAAUCAGACUAUCAAUGUAAGAAAUCAUUCAUCUGAGAUCAUUCCCCACUUUUCUUUUCCAGGCUUCCAUAAAUAUCGUGUUUCGAACGUUCACCCCUACGCCUGGCGGUUUCGAAUUCCAACCUGGGCACAGCUAUUUCCUUAUCAGUGGGAGACUAUAAUCUGUGAUGUUUUAAUAGUUGCGGUUUCAGGCACAUCAGACGGCACACUGGAAGGCAUUGAUAGGAAAAAAGACGGAUUGUGCAGCACGAAACAAAUGAAGAUCAAGUUUGAGGUAGAGCCCGAUAGGAGGGGGGUGGAGAGUCCGAAGUUUGCCGCGCGCACCUUCAAAAAGGAUCGGGAAGGAGAGCAAUCGACUCCAGUUAUGUACGUUGUGCACGAUGGAAGUGAUAUUGAUGAUGGUAUGUGCUAAAGGACAAUGAUACUUUUUGUUGAUCCAUUACCAUUUCAAACAGCAUUAAGACACGAUUGUUUGCAGACGAUGGCGGCUCGAACGCGUGCUCGUAUCUCAUCUCGAUCGUCGUUCUCUUUGCAACCAGAUACCUCCUCUAG